AUGCCGACCCUCGCAUUGAUCAACUUCAACAUAGUCUGCGCGACACUGGGAGGCUUUGUCUCUCUUUUCGGACUGGUCUCUUAUCUUUGCAAGGAGCAAUUUUAUCUCUCUGAAGCAUUGAUCUCAUUGCUUGCCGGCGUAGCAUUCUCGCCUCAUGCAGCCAAUUUCAUAAGACCCGCAGACUACGCGCUGCACUCACAGGAAAAUCUCGAUGCAAUCACCUUGCAUUUCACACGCCUAGUUCUCGGCGUGCAGCUCGUCUCAGCCGGAGUGCAGUUACCAAAGCGCUACCUGCAGAUCGAAUGGCGAAGCUUAUCACUGCUUCUGGGUCCCGGAAUGGUUGCCAUGUGGCUAUGCAGUAGUCUCAUAAUAUGGGCCAUGAUCCCCGACUUCCAGUUCCUCCAUGCUCUGAUCGUGGCUGCUUGUGUAACGCCAACCGACCCCGUCCUGUCCAACUCCAUUGUCAAGGGAAAAUUUGCAGACAAGCAUGUCCCCCGACCGUUGCAGCGAAUCAUCGUCGCCGAGUCCGGUGCGAAUGAUGGUCUCGGGUACCCGUUCCUCUUCUUUGGCAUUUACUUGCUAAAGUAUCUGGGUAUGAAUGGGGCGGGGUAUACCGGUGGCGGGGGGAAGGCUAUGGGGUUGUGGUUUUAUGAAACCUGGGUCUACACCAUUUUGCUCAGUGUUGUUUAUGGCGCUGUUACUGGCUGGUUGGCUAGGAAGUUGCUUCACUGGGCGGAAGAAAAGCACUACGUGGACCGGGAGAGCUUUCUGGUUUUCGCAAUUGCGCUUGCGCUUUUUGUUGUAGGAACUUGCGGUCUCAUCGGAACCGAUGACCUUCUCGCAUGUUUUAUUGCCGGAAAUGUCUUCACCCAAGAUGACUGGUUCCGCCUUGAGACCAUGGACGACUCUCUCCAACCUACUAUCGACAUGCUGCUCAACUUAGCUGUCUUUAUGUGGUUUGGCGCCGUUUGCCCAUGGCCAUCCUUCUUAAACAACGACAUCAUCCCCAUCUACCGACUCAUUUUUCUAGGAAUUCUCAUUCUGAUCGUUCGCCGAUUGCCGAUUGUACUCGCCAUGCAUAAGUACAUCCAUCAAAUCGAGCACUUCUCACAGGCGUGUUUUGUCGGCUUCUUCGGCCCAAUUGGCGUCGGUGCAGUGUUCUACCUUUCAAUCAGUAGAGAGUUUCUGCUCGACAUCAAAGUCAAUGGCAAAACCCGUGAAGAUGCUCAAAGGGUCGCCGACGCCGUGAACGUCGUGGUAUGGUUCUUAGUUAUUUGCAGCAUUGUGAGUUUCCCGAGAAAGAAUGUCCCCCCACACCCUCAAUUAGUUACUUAUCAGUUCUAUCAGGUCGUGCAUGGACUCUCUGUACCAGUCGGAAAAGCCGGCUACAACCUCCCACGAACGAUCUCAAGUGUUAUAAGCACAAGCAUCGACGAACCCGAGCCCGUGCCUAUCUCCAAUUCACGCGAUACGCAUAGCACCGCAAUUCCGCUGUCCGAUGACAGUUAUCGAUCUCGUAAGCGUGGAAUUCGUUCAACUACACCGAAUCCGCCAAUCUUCCGCAUCGGCCGCUCGGUGAUUAAACCUUCCACAAAUGAGCAACAGCCCGGUGCUGGACAGACUGAUGAACCGGAGCGACCGGUCAACCUUGUUGUUCAUGAAUCUCCCACGAUUUCUAAUGAUGGCGUCGAGGCUUCUGAAGCUCGCGUUGUUUGA